CCAGCAGCUGCGCUGUAGGUGCGAGGGGAGGCGUCGCCGCCCGGGGCGGCUUGACGGAGGGCGAUGGAGCGGGACUUGCUCCGCCAGGCGCUCGGCUUUCACGGGCCCGCGCUGCUUUCUCUCCUCCGCACCGAGCAGCACGACAACCCCGACUUCCGCGGCCUGCUGCCGCCCGGGGGGGCCGGUCUCGAGACGUUGCCUCCUGCCAGGAAGGAAAGAGGAAUAGAAAAUGUUGAAAUACAACAUUUUAUUGCGAAAAAAGCUGAUCUCCUUUUUUCGCACUCUUGGAAGACAAAUGUGCCAACGACAGCAGAAGCAAGUGAAGAAAAUGAAGAUUAUUACGCUACCAUGCCUCCUUUGGAGCAGUUCAUGGAUAUUCCCAGUGCAGAGAGGAGAGAGCUGUUUUUCCGUGAUAUCGAACGUGGGGACAUAGUGAUUGGAAGAAUUAGUUCUAUUCGGGAGUUUGGUUUUUUCAUGGUGCUGUUCUGCCUGCGAAGCGGCGUCAUUCGAGAGGUGGCAGAUUUAGAAAUCACUGCUCUUUGUCCAUUGAGAGAUGUGCCUUCCCAUAGCAGCCAUGGUGACCCCUUAUCAUAUUAUCAAACUGGUGACCUCAUCCAAGCCGCAAUCAAGGAUAUUGAUCGCUACCAUGAGAAGCUCACGGUAUCGCUGCACAGCUCUGCUCUUUCUCCCAGCCUAGCAAGUACCAAAUUAGGAGUACUCAGCUCAGAAGACUUGCCUGUGCACUAUAGGAGAAGCAUUGAAAUAUCCAGUAGUUUGGAAACAUUCGAAAAAGUUCUGCAACACUCCUUGGGUUUCGCCAAUCCAGCAGUCGUGGAGUGUCUGGUAGGCAAACUGGGACUGAGUGAAUCCAGCCCACCAUCCUUAAUGAGAAGACUCCAAAGCAAAAAUUUCAACGAAGAGGAUUUUGCCCCUGCCUUGAGAAAAAGACAGUCUGCCUCGUGGGCCUUAAAAUGCGUAAAGAUUGGUGUGGAUUAUUUUAAAGAGGGCCGCCACGUGGAUGCCAUGAACGAGUACAACAAAGCCUUGGAGAUUGACGCACAAAACGUUGAAGCCUUAGUAGCCCGUGGAGCCCUAUACGCCACAAAAGGAAGCCUAAAUAAGGCAAUCGAUGAUUUUGAAAUCGCUUUAGAAAACUGUCCCACCCACAGGAACGCACGGAAGUAUCUCUGCCAAACCCUUGUUGAACGAGGAGGCCAGUUGGAAGAGGAAGACAAGCUGCUAAAUGCUGAGAGCUACUACAAGAAGGCUUUGAGCAUAGAUGAGACAUUUCAAGAAGCCGAGGAUGCCUUGUCGAAACUUCGUAAGCAGAUGCAGGUGAUACUUUACUUUCUCUUGGUGGAUUGAGAUAGAUGGUGCUAGAAAAUGGUACAUAAAGAGGCAACCAUUCGUUGGGUGUUUGAUAUGCUCUCCAUAUCCAAUCAGUCUCGUGUAUGCAUCAGUUACGGAGAAUGUUCCUCUGUUUAUGAAAACCAAAUGUUGGUGUGUUGCUUGAUGAUUGCUGGGGGGGGGGCAAGAUCUGGGGAGGGGGGACGGAUCUCAAGCAGUUCAACGAGAAUCAUGAUUACUGGAUUCAAGGUGGCCAACUUAGGUAGAGUCUAAGGUUUUCUUAAUGUUGGGACCCGCCUAUUGUGUAUAGCUACUGGAACUAUAAAGUGAGGCUGUUCACAUUUAUUUAGGGUAAUUUUCAUUUGAAAUCACUGGAAUUUCCAGAAUCAGCUGGCUGUUGUGGGUUUUCCAGACUGUACGGUCAUGGUCUGGUGGUUUUAGCUUCUAAUGUUUCACCCGCAUCUGUGGUGGGCAUCUUCAGAGGCAUGUCAUGGGAAGAUAAUAUUGUGGAGUGGUUUGUGUGGUGAGUAUCCAGCUGUCCCAUGGAGAGAAGCGCGUCUCACUGUGACAGGUCUUUAAAGAUGCAAGCAUUGCAUGCAGGUGAAACAUUAGAUACUAAAACUAACAGGCCACAGCCGUACAGCCCAGGAAACCCACAACAGUCACUGGAGUUUGUGUCCAAGCGAGCCUGUUGGAAAGUGACAACAUAUGGCAUGGAUUUUUUAUUUCAACAGAGUCAGAAACAAAUGCUGCAAAGACGACCUUUGUUUUUGCCGUUUGGACCGUAUUAGUAUAGGCCAGAGAUCCUGUAAAGUUUUUCUAGAACUGGGAAGUCAAAAUGACCUGCUCAGUUUCUGCCUGGUUGGUCAGCAAGGGAAUCUAAUUCCCCCUCACAAUUCUCGACCCACAGGAUUAGUUUGCUAAGCAAGGUGUUCUCAGAUUUAUUUAUGGCAUGCAUGUUUGGAAGACACAGAGUGUCACUUUGUACGUGCCUGUACUGGUGGGGGGGUUUCCCCUCCCUCCUGCGUUGUGACUCUGCCAUGCUAAGUGGGAUACCGCAUCUAUUUUUACCAACACAUUUCCACAUAGCAUUGCCAGCAAAAAAGCAUCUUGGAGCUUCUUGUUAAAAAUAGAUCCGGCGGCCUCCUUUCUUGACUGUUCCUCACUCUCCGGUGUGGGGGAGGCCCCAACUGCAAGAGCAUAAACAAACCCACAGAAAGUUGCCUCGAAAGGGUGGGGCUGUUUUCCCGUAAUACUGAUGGUAUGUUUUUCUCUAAUGCCUUUUCCUCUGAACUGGAACUGUUGCUGCUGUGUCUGACCUCUGGUGCUGCUCAUCGCCAACAACCCGCUGGGAUAUGAUUACGUGUGUAAACCACGCAUCAAAUUGGGCUGUGGCAAUUGCCAAACGGUUUGUAUUCAUACGUGGCCCCUUCCAAUUAUAUUUUAAUUUGGAUCGCGUUUUACUGCAUAAAUGUCAACAACGGUGCUUUCCUUGAUUUCCCUCUUCUGCUUGGGUUAUUAUUUUAUCCGGGGCAACUGUUUUUGAUGCUUCCUCCCUCCCCUUUCAAUUUUCUGUCCAUGUCCUCUGGGCUGCUGAUGUUCUUGCAUUGGGGUACGGGCUUCAUUGACCUCUUGGCCUUCCUCUUUUCUUCUAAUAUGUGGGAUUAUAUACUGGACAUAUGAUCCUUAAUGCUAUUUGUGCUCAUCCCACUGCUCUGUCCUCCAUUUAUACAUACCCAUCUUGUCUCAAACCUCAUUUUUGGGCACGAUACCCUGGGGGGUGGGUGGGAACUGCUUGUUGUUGGGUGGGGGUGGAAAUGUGGCCAAAUCGUGGGCUUGACCCUGUGGCUUGUUGAUGUAAUAUUUCUGAUGUUGGAAUUCAAAAAAGAAAUCUCUGGAAAUGAGAGAGAAACAAACUGCCAAAGAAGAGAGACAGAAAGAGAAGAAAAUAGAGACAAGCGUGGAAAAACUGCGUAAGCUCUUAAAAGAAGAGAAAAGGUAAUGGCUGUUCUGUUCUGUAUGCCACUCUUUCCUUGGGCCUUCCGUUUCGCUCUGCAUGCCAAUAAGCUGUUUAGCGCUGUAAGUAUAGCAGGCAAUCCAUGUUUGUUGCCUUCUGAAAAUGUUUGGUAAUGUUUAGUUUGUGGAUAUUAUUUUAGAGGUUAUACAUAUGUAACCUGCCUUUUAAAAGUAUCCUGAAUGCAGCAUGGCGUUUCAUGACGAGACCUCGAUUCUGAGGAAACGUCUUUCUAAGCUUGCUGAAGAUAUGUGGCAUGGUCCAGAUAUAAGAACAACUCAUCACUUGUAAUUAUGUGAAAGAACUGGGUGAGUGGGAAGCACACUCAAGUUUGUGGGCACACUCAUUUUGGGACAAUACGCCUCUUCAAAAAGGUGUUUUUUUAAAUCAACAAAUAAAUCCUCAUCCAGUUUUUUCAUUGAAUCCUGUUUGCACCUGGAUUCAACGGUAUUGAGUGGUGCUGGCAGGUUAGUGGCUCUCAUAUUAAACCAGCAAACACAAACUCCGUAGAGACCGUCGGUUAUAUUUUAAAAGAUUUACACCUAUAGGGCCAUUAAGCGGAACUGCGGUUUUUCAGAUGCUUUUAGGGUACAGUCGGAACGUUGGGUUUUUCAGUAUCAGUGAUAGUCUCAAGGUGAAUACCUUGAAAGACAGGAAGCAGAAGGUAGAUUUACUGUGUGAUCCUUGGGCCCAUUCUGUGGCAUGAAAACUUAAGAGGUUCAUUCAGCAAUACUGGGCUUAUUCAUGAAUUUGUGUCUGUAGACUUCAGUAGGGGAAAAGGUUGUAGUUUCACUAUUCUUAUAGAGCCACCAGCACAUAUGUCCUUUAUUGUUGCCUCCUUGAUCUGAGAUUGCAAAUGCCUUAGCAGACCAGGUGCUCAGGAGCAGCAGCAGCAGAAGGCCAUUGCUUUCACAUCCUGCAGGUGAGCUCCCAAAGGCACCUGGUGGGCCACUGCGAGUAGCAGAGUGCUGGACUAGAUGGACUCUGGUCUGAUCCAGCAGGCUAGUUCUUAUGUUCUUAUGUUCUUAUUGAGUUUCACAAGCACAGCACAAUGGAACCCUGGCCCCACAAGGAAUAACCCUCUACAUUACAAAAUCCAGAAGGAAGCAAUCCUUGUACUCUAUGUUUGGGUGCCGGUUAUAAAGGUGAACUAUAAAUGAUGGUGGUGAUGACAUUCUGGUAAAACAAAGACAUCUUAUUGCACAUCAAACAAAAAACUGAUUUAUAAAGGCUUUUAUGGACUAGAACCACUUUGUCAGAUGCAUGGAGUGUAUCUUAGUUCACACAGAUUAAGGAGAAUAACCAUUGGAGUCAAAACUGAAGCUUUAUUGCCAUCAACUCCACUAACAGCUUUUCUCCUCUCUAUGCUCAUGCAGUCUGCUGGAAGCCCACUUCAUGUGUCUCACCCAUAUUAGUCCAUCAACAAUUAUACCAUUAUAAAUUAGUUAGGGGGCGAAGUUGCAUGGAAGAGACAUGAACAAAUACUGUUUCCUGCACUUGGUUAUAGUUGAGAGUGGCCGAUUAUGGAUAGGGGAGCCUACCUCCUCUCUGCCCCACCACAGUAUCAGGCGCACGCCUGAAGUACUCUUGCUUUCCCCCAGGAAAGCCAAGAGCAAGAGCCGUAGGCGCGCGGCAACUUCCUUGUACAUCCGUACAAGGAAGUUUGCUGCGCUGGGGUUCAGUUGCCACUGUGGUAAUCGGCCAGUGAGGAUUUAAGGAGUUACUUCUUGGGUAAGGAGCAGGAAGGGAGUUUUAGAGAGUGGACAUUUCAGAUCUGUUUUGGCCAGAGCCUGCAGGGAUUCAGAAAAUCAUUGCUAAAUAAAUCCAGUACCUUUUCACGGACUGGUCUGAAUUGUUAUUGCAGGGGGGAGCAGUCAUCGUUACCUUGUGAUUUGAACGUUGAUGCCUAACUACAGAAAUGACAAGCUCCUGUUGGAGAGGUGUAGAUGUCAGAUAGCAUAUUAAAAGACUGUUUUGGCACAGGGAGUGGUAUGCAGUAGCUUUUGCUUCCUGGAAAGCCUGUGUAGCAAGAACAGAGUAUUUUAAGUCGGAUUUCCAAAUAAACUUGCUGGGAUUUAAAAGCUAGCUUGCACUUCACAUAGUUACGCAUGUUAAGUAAAAUCUGCUUGAAUCUGCUCCUCCGUGCCUAAAUAAGAGCCUUUCAACACGUAACUGUGCGGAAGGUUAAGAAGUUCAAAAGCUUCUUGACAUUCUGCUGCAGAGCUUUUCCCAAGAUGUUGAAUUUUGGAUGCUGUUGGCAGUGCCUCACGGUUAAUUAAAACUUCUAGGUUGAAGAAGAAAAGAAAAAGGUCAACUUCUUCCUCCUCCUCCUCCUCUUCCUGUGAUUCUUCAUCUGAUGAAUCCACUUCUUCCUCUUCCUCCUCCUCCUCUUCU